UGAUUUCUGAUUUCGAUUCACUCGCGUUUUAACCGUGUACCGUGCGUCGUGUGCUUUUUACCUGUUGCGCGUUUUCCGGGGUGGGCGAAUUAGUCGCGCUUAAUUUUUGGCGUGUAACAAGUGAGAAAAUCGUGCAUACAAAAAGAUGCACGUGAAAUGGCAUCUAACGGGGCUUGCGCUGCUGCUCUGUCUCGGCCUCUCGUAUGGCGCUGUUCUCCAUAGGAGGGAAGAGAGCGGCACGAAUCAAACAAUCUGGGAUCUUACGGAGGCCCUAGCCGGCACCGCGGGUCUACGUGGUUUCAGUGGCACCUGGAUAACAGCUGAAGAAUUCUAUUACACUGCCCCCGACAGAUCCAUACACAAAUUUAAUGCUGCCACCAAAACGGAUGCCAUAUUCCAAAAUUCCACUUUUUUGAAUAAUUAUGUGGGCGCCACAUUUACGCUCUCGACGGACAACACGAAAAUCCUCAUACGACACAAUCUGACAGAGAAGUUCCGUCACUCGUAUAUCGCCCAGUACGAUGUGUACGACAUCGAGACGAACACAACUAUUCAGAUCCACAAGGGCGAGAAAUUGCAGUACUGUGGCUGGUCACCGCUGAGAGAUCGCCUGGCGUAUGUCUACCUGAACAAUGUGUACAUCCAUUUCAAUGAGAAUCUGGAGAUUAGCAUCACGGAUGAUGGUGUGGAUGGGAUUGUGUAUAAUGGUGUGCCCGAUUGGGUGUACGAGGAGGAGGUGUUGAGCAGCGGCAGUGCCAUUUGGUGGUCAUCGGAUGCCACAAAGCUUGCUGUUGGCUUCUUCAACGACACCGAAGUGGAGACAUUCAACUAUUUCCUCUAUGGCGAUGGAGACACCACUUUCUAUCAGUAUCCGCAUGAGGAGCAUCUCAAGUAUCCAAAAACGGGCACUAAGAACCCCGUUGUGAACCUGCGGGUGUACGAUUUGACCGACAAUGACCCGACCAUGCAACGUAUUGUGGCACCCAUUGAUGUCGUGGGCAGCGAUCACAUAUUGCAGAAUGUUGUGUGGUCAAACAACACACAUUUGCUCAUCACCUGGAUGAAUCGUCGCCAGAAUUUGUCCUCCAUUCAGAGCUGUAGCCAUUUGGGAGUCUGCGUGGAGGUGAAACGUCUGGAAGAGCCUCAAGGCUGGGUGGACAUAAGCACACCCAAAUGCCUGGGCAGUGGACAGAGCUGCAUCUUUGCCUACUACAUCGAAAACUGGUAUCAGGUGUGGAAUUUGAAUUUGGACACGGGCGUUAAUAGCUGGCAGUCGAGGGGCAACUUUACGGUGCUCAAUGUGUAUGGUUACGAUGAAGUGAAUGAUAAAUUAUACUACCAAGCCACAAAGGCGAAUGAUCCCUCGGUCUAUCAUGUCUACAGCAAUGACGAUUGUCUGAGUUGCAAUCAAAUCGAUGUGGAUGGCCAGGAAUGCUUCUCGGCCAGCGCUACCUUUAGCAAGUCCUUUGCCUACUACACACUCUCAUGCAAUGGACCCAACCCCUCGUAUACGCGUAUCUUUGAGGCAACCACCAACACGCUGGUCAUCGAUUGGGAACUGAAUACAGAGUAUCGCGCCAGACUGCAGGAGAAACUGCGUCCCAGUUAUAAAUUCUUGAAUGUGACGCUGGCGGAUGGCAGCAUUGGCAUGGCCAAACUGGCGUUGCCCCCAAACUUUGAUGAGACGAAGAAAUAUCCACUGAUUGUGGUGGUCUAUCAGGGGCCGAAUUCAGUGCGUGUAACUAAUGGAUUUGUAGUGGGUUACGAGGCGUUUGUGACGACCGCCAGGAAUACCAUUUAUGCGUACAUCGAUGGCAGGGGCACGGGCAACAAGGGCAAGGAUCUGCUCUUUUCGGUUAACAAUGAUUUGGGGGAUCACGAGGUGGAGGAUCAGCUGCAUGUUACCGAGUGGAUGCAACAGAAUCUACCCUAUGUGGAUGCCGAACGUUGUGGCAUUUGGGGCUGGUCAUAUGGCGGUUAUAUGACGGCCAAGACAAUCGAAAAGGAUGACAAACGCAUCUUCCAAUGCGGAGUCUCAGUGGCGCCAGUAACCUCCUGGUUGUAUUACGAUACAAUAUAUACGGAGCGUUAUAUGGGUCUGCCCACGGAGGAGGAUAACUUAAAGAAAUACAAUGAGAGCAGUGUCUUCCAGAAUCUGGAAAACUUCAAUACCCAUGACUUUCUAUUGAUUCAUGGCUCGGGGGAUGAUAAUGUACACUAUCAGCAUUCGCUGCUGCUGGCCAAAUUGCUCCAAAGAGCGGACAUUCAGUUUGAAGAGCAGACCUAUACCGAUGAGAACCAUAGCAUUGGUAAUGCGCUGCCCCAUUUGUACAAUACCAUUGACCAUUUCUGGAUUAACUGCCUCAACCUGGAAGUCCUCACGCCCGAGGACACCCUCUAAAUGGAUAAUGUAUUCCUUCUAGUCAAAAGUAUUUUUAAAUGCUAAAUGUUUUUCUGUAUUGUUUUUUUAUUUUUGUAUUUUUUUGUAAAUCAACCAUGGAAGAUUAUGCUGGGAGAUGAAUUAUAAUUGUAAAUAUUUUCACUGAA